AGUCCGCGUCACUUACGAUGAUGCGCAUUUCAUUUCAUUUUCAUUCCCCCUUAUGCCCUCUGCACAAUCAAAUUUAACAACGACAACGACAACGACGACUUUCCAACGACUUUUCUUCUUCUCCCCUCUCAUUUUCUCUCUCCUCUCAAUCUCAAACUUCUCUCCACUCUCAGCUCUUACACACAAAAACAACAAUCUAUGCCGAACAAAGGCGGCUUCAAUCUCAGGCUCGAUGUUCCUCCUGAUGAAGAUUCUCUUGCUAAAUUUCUAACUCAAAGUGGUACAUUUCGACAUGGCGAUCUUUUGGUUAAUAUGGAUGGAAUUCGAAUUGUCCCGAAAACCGAUGCAGAUGCUCCUCCUCCCCCCAUUAAGCCGUUGGACAACCAGAUAAGCCUGGCUGAUGUAGACAUGAUUAAGGUCAUUGGCAAAGGUAGUGGUGGACUCGUACAGCUGGUGCAGCACAAAUGGACUAACCAGUUCUUUGCUUUGAAGGUUAUUCAGAUGAACAUUGAAGAGUCUGCUCGCAAGCAGACUGCACAAGAACUGAAAAUCAACCAGUCCCUUGAAUGUCCCUAUGUUGUUGCUUGCUACCAGUGUUUUUACCAAAAUGAGGCUUUCUCGAUAAUUUUGGAGUACAUGGAUGGAGGAUCUUUGGUAGAUUUACUAAAAACAGUUAGAACUAUCCCAGAAGAGUAUCUUGCUGCCAUCUGUAAACAGGUGGUAAAAGGUAUGGAUUAUCUUCAUCAUGAGAAGCACAUCAUUCACAGAGACUUAAAACCAUCCAAUUUGUUGAUAAAUCAUAGAGGAGAAGUCAAGAUUACUGAUUUUGGUGUUAGUGCAAUUGUUGCGAGUACUUCGGCUCAAGCUAAUACUAAAAUAGGAACCUAUCACUAUAUGGCUCCAGAGAGAUUCAGUGAAGAAACCUAUAAUGCCAAAAGUGACAUAUGGAGCUUUGGUUUGGUUGUGCUUGAGUGUGCAACAGGAAAAUUUCCCUAUCCUCUACCAGAUGAAGAUGAUGGUUGGGUUAACUAUUUUUCAAUUAUGGAAACCAUUAUUGAACAGCCACCACCGUGUCCCCCCUCUGACCUCUUUUCUCCUGAGUUCUGUUCAUUCGUAUCCUCGUGCUUACAGAAAGAUCCGAAGGCUAGACUCUCAGCUCAACAGCUAAUGGAACAUCCUUUCCUCAGUAUGUAUGAUGACUUGCACGUUGAUCUAGCAUCCUACUUUGCAAACGCUGGAUCUCCACUCACAACCUUGUAGAAUCUGUUCUGGACUUCUGUUUCUGGCGCAUAGCUCCUUCUUUGCGGAAUUUGGACUCCCAAGUAUUAGGUACAAAAAAACAAUGUGAUUGAGGCAAUGUUCUAUAAGUGCAAACCAACUGUGACAACAAUGCCUGAGAAAGUUGGUCGAUUGUGAAGGGUGCUAUAAAUGCCUAGAGAUUUUUGAGUCGAGAAGAUGUAUUUUUGUUCAUGGUGAAAAGCUUGUUUGGUGCAGUUGAAGCAUUGAAAUGAUCAGCUGUCCAAAAGUGAAGUAACUGUCAACUUUAGGUUUUUACUGCUGUAAAGAAUCAAUGUCUUGUCAAUUUUUCAUGCACAUAUGUUGUAUUGCUAAGCUGAAUUCUGCCCGUUACUCAGUGCUUGAACCUAGACUAUCUUAUAUUCUUAUGUAUGAAUGAUUUUCUGCUGUGUGGUUAUGGUAAAUUCCUUGCCAGUAAUCAGGUCUAUGAAAUUGUUUGAAAUCACAAUUUCCUUUGAAUUUUAUA